GCGCGCCUUUGUGUUCAUACACUAUCCAAGAAGUAACUGCGCGCUCCCGCACCUUCCCUCGGUCUCAUUUAGGUAGCGAACAAACAAGCGCAAAUCCUUUGGGUUUAAAAGUAAUUUUUGGACUACAAUUUUUUGCGACACUUUGGGGAACAAGGACAUAAAGUCGAUGGCCUCCUUUACCAAAAUACUUUGGAAACUACUAAAUGAGUUCCGGUUGUGAAAUGCCUUUUUUUUCAGGAAGUUGGAGGUUGUCUAUUGGAAAGAUUUAGACCUUUGUUUUAAUCAGGAGAAGCGAUGAUGGACUGCUUGCUUUGUACCAAGGUUUGUCGAGUAUUUGUCGUUGAAAGACAAUAAUUUGGCGUCGAGUCAGUCACGAACAAGCCGAAGUGCUCAGAAGUUUGAUGAAUUUUGACCCUACUCGGCUUCCCGUCCUCACGCAUCCCCUGAACCCCUUUCUCUAUUCUAAAACGGAUUCCUUGAAAGUAAUUGAACAAGACGCCUUAUUUGGGCACCUCCAGAUGUUUAUUCGGAACGUGUUUUGUAUGCUUUCCCAGCAUGUCGGCCUCCGUAGCUCCUCCAAAGGAUCACUUCCCGUCUAAACCACCCACGUGACCUUGUUUUUUUUUUUUCUCCUUAUUGGGAACUGUCAAUUAACAAUCACCACUUGGCGUGUGUGAGACCCGAGGACCCCCUGUGGGCAACAACAUGGCCCCCGGCACGCACGCGCUUUGCUUGACGGCGCGUGCCCGUGCCCACUGAAUCUGGAGAAUGCGCGCGCACUAUCACGACGUCACCUGUCAACGCGGGCGGGGGGGAAGACACACGUGUGACAACCCAGUUGGACUGGCAGCACUUCUGAAGCUUUGAAGACCACGCAACGUCGCCACAAUGAAUGAACGACAGGCACUUCACUCCAUCAUGAAGGACCUGGUGGCCCUGCAGAUGACGCGGCGACAACCCAUCGUGCCGUACGACAGCGGCGGCAGCAAAUUCAAGACACCCGCUCAGGCUAAUAGACAGGAGGACGUCAGGAUAAAGUUUGAGUUCUCGGGUGAGAGGCGUAUCCUGAUGUUUGGCCGACCCGUACAGUUUGACGAAAUCCACCGCAAAGUCAAGCUGGUUUUUGGCCAGCAGCUGGACUUCCAUUACAUGAGCAACGAGUUGUCCAUCCCGCUGCGAGGGCAGGAUGAUCUGGACAAGGCCAUAGACCUGCUGGACCGAAGCGCGAACAUGAAGAGCAUCCGGAUCCUGCUGCUCGAACAGGAACACGACAAUCCCCCCUCGCCAUCCCAACAUGUGCCUUGCAAGCAGGUCCGAAUCAAAGCCUCACAGUCCACCGGAGACGUCAGUGCUACAUACUCGUCGUCGGAGCCUAGGGGGUGCCAUCUAUCCGCCGGUUCCCAGAAUGCGGGGCGCAGCUCGCCACCUCCCGGUUACGUGCCGGAAUGCCAACAGAGGAUCGCCCGCCAAGGUUCCUACACCAGCAUCAACAGCGAGGGCGAAUUCAUCCCAGAGACCAGCGAGCAGAGUGUUCUGGAUCCCUGGAGCAGCGCUGAAAACUCUGUGUCUGGAAGCUGUCAGUCUCUGAAUAGUAACUCAGACAGCCCCUCCACAAGGAAGUCUCGCAUGCACCGAGCCAAGAGUUAUCCUGACAACAGACAAGAGUUCUCAGACAGGGAGAACCACGUCUAUGACCGCAUAGUCGGCAAGGGGGGCUCGUACCCUCGCCGUUACCAUAUCUCGCUGCACCACAAGGACCUCAGCGAAGGACGACGCACCUUUCCCCGCAUCCGCCGCCCGCAGGGGAACCUCUUCACCCUCGUGCCUUCACGCCGCUCGCUCAACGGCAGCGAAGAAAGCAUCGGCAGCUGGCAGCUGGUGGACACCCAGGGCAGGCUCAGACCACAAGAACGCCCCGUCGUCACCCAUAAAUCGCCCACUGCUCCUGUGUCCUGGCGGCGGGGCAAGCUCCUGGGCCAGGGGGCGUUCGGGAGAGUGUACCUGUGCUACGACGUGGAUACGGGACGGGAGCUAGCCGCCAAGCAGGUCCAGUUUGAUCCUGACAGUCCCGAGACAAGCAAGGAGGUCAGCGCCUUGGAAUGUGAGAUCCAGUUGCUGAAGAACCUUCGCCACGAGCGCAUCGUGCAGUACUACGGCUGCCUGAGGGACCACAACGAGAGGACCCUCACCAUCUUCAUGGAGUACAUGCCCGGGGGUUCUGUCAAAGACCAGUUGAAGUCUUACGGGGCGCUGACGGAGAGCGUAACCCGAAAGUACACCCGUCAGAUCCUGGAGGGGAUGUGCUAUCUCCACAGCAACAUGAUCGUGCACCGAGACAUCAAAGGAGCCAACAUUCUGCGGGACUCUGAGGGCAACGUCAAGCUGGGCGACUUUGGGGCCAGCAAGCGUCUGCAGACCAUCUGUAUGUCCGGAACUGGCAUCCGCUCGGCGACCGGCACCCCCUACUGGAUGAGCCCGGAAGUCAUCAGUGGGGAAGGCUAUGGCAGGAAGGCCGAUGUCUGGAGUCUGGGCUGCACGGUGGUGGAGAUGCUGACGGAGAAACCCCCGUGGGCCGAGUACGAGGCCAUGGCGGCCAUCUUCAAGAUCGCCACGCAGCCCACCAAGCCUCUGCUGCCGCCACGCACCUCCGAGCAGGCGCACGACUUUGUCCGCCGCAUCUUUGUAGAGGCCGCGCGACGGCCCUCUGCCGAAGAGCUGCUCAGACAUUCUUUCUCGCGCGACUAGCCUGGACGGAGCGCGCGGCGUUACCAAAGUCGUUUGUGCGGUGUGGACAACAAACACCGUUGCUGGUUCUUUUUCGGUCAGCUUCCAAUGUGCAGGCCACGUUCGCAGGAGCCUUCAUGAGUUGGCGCGGAACGAUGAUGACGUUGGCCCUCUUUCGGUUGGACCGUGUUGCACAGCGGUGUCAUGCACCCGACUGGUGAAUUCAAAACGGUGUCCUUGAAAGUUUUAGCACACCGUGUGAAUAAACGUGUUGGGACGCAUGUCCACUCGUAUGCUAGAGUUUCCUCGAUUCGGGUUUCAUGUUAAGGUUUUUCGUUUCAAACAAGGGUUAAGGUUUCGAGGUAGGGUUAUUGCUUUCAAAUAAGGUUUCAAAUGAGCAUUUUAAGCCUGGGGUGGGCUUUCAAUGUCUGCUUUUCACAUGUUUCGAAAGAUGACUCAUUAAUUGAGAUGUGCCCCAAAACAUUUGUCCACAUAGCUGUUGGAAUAUUGUACUGUAAGAUCUUUUGAAGAUGGUGUCAAGUAUGAGGGGAAGAAACGCAAGUUGUCGGGUUUGUCUAAGAAAGUGUGUGGUUAGGCAGUAACUGCCAUUGAUGGGUGCAUGGUUGGUUGAUUGAUUGAUUGAUUGAUUGUGUUUCAGGGCUUGUGUCGUGUUGGAAAAGGCAGUAGGUUGUUUGAGCCCUGUAACCAGGAAGUGACUGUUGUCGCCCUUCUUGCUGGAUGCAGUGUGCAACAUCAAGAGUUGAGGCCGUCAACUCAUGUGACCUAAACGAGAGGCUGAUGAUUGUUUGGUUUUAUACGUUUUAGUUCAGUGUUUCAAACACAACGGCCUUGAGAACAAAGCUUUAACAGUCAAUUGUUAUCUAAUCAGAUGCACUUUUUAAAAAAAAAAUUGAAUGUCAUCUAUGAGUUUUGUAUUUACGUCCAAUGUGAUUUUAUUUAUAUAUAUUUUUUUAAUUUAUGCCUUUGUGCCACUUCACCUGGAAUAUAUAUUUUUUUAUCGAAUUUUAUACUCCAGUUGGUGUUGUUUUGACAAAGAAUGGGUAGAAAGCAGCUGGUUUUGCAAAUGUGCGCCCCCUUCCCAAGAAAAUAAAAUAAAUCUUUUUUUUUCUUCAAUAAUUUUUUUUUAUGUACACGCAGGAAACAAACUCUGGCUGGCCGGGUUCUGUUUGGGGGCACAGAC